GCUGCCCCGCGAUACCAGUACCUGCACUUGCGCCCACCUCAUCUCCAGCAAACAACUGAUCAAUUACCACAACACAGCCCUGCAAAAGUCAUAUUGGCAUCGCAAUUUCUGUCGCCGAGCUGUGCUCCUGACGUAGCUGUCGCCGUCGAUCGAAUACCGUAGCUUGAGAACGCUACUGCUGCGCAGCGCUGCCUUGCAGAGCCACGACACCUACACCCAGUCUGGAGGCGACCUCUGCACUCUCAUUUGCAUAUUGUCCCGACCGCAAUUGUCCAUUAAGCAAAAGCUGCGGCUUGGAGGGUCUAUGAUUCACACAGGUAUGGCUCGGCCAGCCUCGUCAGAAGCCUUGGUAAUAAUCGUAACUGACCUUUGCCUCGUCCAGCUUCCUCAUCUUCUUAACCCUCCCACGAUCCAUACACCACUGAGUGACCGAAUCUUCCAUCCUGCAAUUUAGCGCACAGAUAAGACAUACCUGUAUCUUUCGAGGACAAGCAGUUGUCAGGGACGUCAAGAUGGGCAAGUCGUAAGUCAAGGUCUUCUUUUACUCGAUGCGCGCGAGACUCGUGGCACGGCGCAACGACAACCGGCAAUCAACUGGCCUCAACAUAUCGAGACGUGUGUCGCAGAAUGUCUCCGACCCAAUAUUUGAAGAGCCAACAGUAUUAGCCUACACCUUGAGGGCAAAUGCGACAUCGAGAUCCUCGAAAACCCCAGUCCAUCCGUGACUAAACAGGCACCCAUAGUUGGGUUCUAGACGCCAACUUCCCGGUUCUCUAACACUGUCACAAGCAGGCGCAACUUGAGGUUCAAUGAAUGCCUGGCUGCUUCACAUACAUACAUGACCUCUCUCUCUCCUACGCUAGUCGUCCUUCGUUAAAGCGGUGCUCUACCAAACCACUACCUUGGACUCGCGAGCGCAUUUUGGCAUCAUUGUCUUGCCCAAUCCACGUCGCUGACACCUUGAAUUCAGUCAAUCCAAGCUCUCCCAAGAGCAACUCAGCGAGCUGCAGCGGUCGACCCAUUUCGACAAGAAGGAGCUUCAGCAAUGGUACAAGGGCACGUGCUACUCUCCGCAUACCAUGGUUUCAUUCUAACAGAUCAUAGGUUUCCUGAAGGACUGUCCGUCCGGGAUGCUUACUAAAGAGGAAUUCCAAAAGAUCUAUAGACAAUUCUUUCCGUUUGGAGACCCUUCGUCAUUCGCAGAUUAUGUAUUCAACGUCUUCGAUUCGGAUAAAUCUGGUUCUAUCGAUUUCAAAGAGUUCAUCUGUGCACUGAGCGUCACCAGUCGAGGAAAGAUGGAAGACAAGCUAGAUUGGGCAUUUCAGUUGUACGAUAUCGAUGGAGAUGGCAAGAUUAGUUAUGAUGAAAUGUUGGCGAUUGUUGAGGCUAUCUAUAAAAUGGUAUGUUUGUCCCGGGGCGCCAGUCAAAUUUGCGAUUUUGAUAUAAUGCCUGUUGUGGUUUUGCAAUUCCCUUGAACUCUAACGAAUACUAAAUUCUGAAAGGUCGGUUCGAUGGUCAAGCUACCCGCAGACGAAGACACCCCAGAGAAGCGAGUACGCAAAAUCUUCCGAAUGAUGGACAAGGAUGAGAACGGAAGCUUAGAUAUGGAGGAGUUCAAAGAGGGCAGCAAGCGCGAUGAGACGAUCGUAUCCGCUCUUUCUUUAUACGAUGGUCUCGUCUGA